UACCAUUUAUGCAUAGAAGAUGCAAAAUUUUCAAACACUUCUUUACUCAAGAAGCCAUUGUACUUGCGUACCCUAUUAUUGAGAAAAUGUCAUUUAUAUGAUAAGCUCCAUCUGCGUCAGUUUGUCCUCUCAAAAUUGAAAUUCCUCCGGGUGUUAGAUUUAAGUGAAAAUUUUAUAGAAGAGGUGCCAACAUCAGUUGAAAAUUUGAUACAUUUGAGGUACCUUAACUUGUCUAGGAAUAAGAUUAAAGUUCAACCUGACGCCAUUACUCGUCUCCAGAAUCUGCGAUAUCUCAAUCUCACCGAGAAUCCCCUUCAAGAGUUACCAAAAAAAUUAAGAAAUAUGCAAAGCCUUUGCUAUCUUCAUUGCGAUUGUGAUUAUUUGACUCACAUGCCCCCUGGGUUGUCACGGCUGACUAAUCUUCGAAGUUUAUCAUGCUUUGUUGCCGGGAAUAGAACGGGCUCAUGCUCAAUUAUCGAACUUGAGGAUUUGAAGCUUCAUGGACAAAUGGAAGUCAAAUUUUCUGGGAAUUUCACUAAUUAUUCUUGUGGUGGAAGAAAAAUUUUGAAGAAUAAAGAUUUUAAUGAGUUAUCCUUAUUAUUUAAUUGUUCGGACACUAAUGACAUGAGCAUGCUGGAAGAUCUUUGCCCCAACACGAAUUUAAAGAAGUUGAAGGUAUCCAAUUACGGGAGCCAACAAUUUCCAACAUGGUUGAUUGAGUCACAACUACCAAUGUUGGUUGAAGUUGAUAUUGAAAAAUGCUAUAAAUGUCAGCAUAUUCCUCAUUUUGGAGAUCUCCAAUUUCUUAGAAGCCUUGUCAUAGACACAAUGCAUGAAGUGCAACACAUUGGUGUUGAGUUACAUGGGCACGGUGGCUUUCCUUCCCUCCAAGAACUCAAGUUGAUAAGGAUAUCGAAUUUAGAGGAAUGGUCCGAGGAUGAAGGCCGUGUCAAUGAGUUGUUCCCUUUACUGAAGAGAUUGGAGAUUUGCAAUUGUCCAAAACUGAAAAACAUGCCAAGGCUUCCAAGAAUUGAACUUCUUAAUCUACGUAACUGCAAUGAGAGCCUAGUCUCAGGCUUUGGAAGAAUGACUUCUCUUUCUCAUCUCAUACUGGAGGACAUGGAGGGCAUGAGAUCUCUUCCAAGUGGUUGUUUAAGAAACCUCACAUUCCUAAAGGAAUUGGAAAUUCGACGCUGCAAUGAACUCGAAUCUCUUCCUAUGGAUGAUUUGCAGCUCCUAACAAUGGUCCAUUCAUUGUCCAUUGAGGAAUGUAACAAUUUGGCAUCCUUCCCGUUAGAAGUGGAACGUGUUAGUUCUCUUCGAUAUCUCUGUUUCAAAAAUGUUGACAGCAACGCACUGCAGCCAGAAAUACCUGUAGAAAUCCUGAAUUCACUGAAUGAGUUCGACAUUCAGAUUUGUGGCAAGAAAGUAAAUUUAGGCGGGCAACUACAACACUUACACACGCUCCGACAAUUGUGGAUAAGUGAUUCACAUCAUUUUUCUUAUGAUAUGAAGAUAUCUGGAUCCAUUCAGGCAAAUUUAAGUAUUUGCUGUUGUGAUGAAUUGGAAUCCUUGAUGACAGAAGCACCAUCAACCAGUGUGCUAGAAGAUCUACACAUAUGCGAUAUCCCCAACCUCAAGACCUUACCUGAAUGGCUACAACAUCUCGGAUCACUUCAUCAGCUAUCAAUCCGCAACUGCCGUCAAUUAGAAUCGCUUCCAAGGAGUCUUCAGGGCCUCCAUUUGUUGAACUCUUUGUUCAUUGAUGAGUGUUCCCUACAACUGGAAAGAAGAUGCAAAAGGGAGACAGGCGAAGAUUGGCCGAACUUUUCACAUGUGCCACGUAUUGAUAUUUCUACAAGAGUGAUCUACGAAACUCAAUGCUGUGGUCCGUUCUUCAGAGUCGAUCGUACAAGAUCGAGAGAGAUAUAAUUGCAAUUGACAGCAAGGAAGCAGAGCAAUUCGUUCUACGUACUCCUAGAUCGCUUGUCAGGGGUUUUACUAAAUAUUUAUUUUAACUUUACUUUGCGCAUAAUUGGAAUGGUUGAAAACAAAAGAUAUGUGAUUGGCUGUGGGACUAUUUUAAAAAUGAAAUCAUUUUUGAACUUUUCACUA